AUGAAUUACAAACAAUCUCCUAAUGAUCACUCUCUUUUUACUAAGCAUAUUAAUAAUCAUUUUACUGUGAUUCUUGUUUAUGUUGAUGAUUUAAUCAUUGGUGGUACUGAUUCAUCUGAAAUUACCUCCAUAAAAGAUAUUUUAGAUACUCAAUUUAAGAUCAAAGACCUUGGUCACCUCAAGUACUUUCUUGGUUUAGAAGUGGUCCGAUCACACCUCGGCAUUCAUCUUUCUCAACGAAAGUAUGUAUUAGAUUUACUUUCUGAUAUUCGUUUUCUUGCAGCUAAGCCCUCUCCAACUCCUAUGGUGAAAACCAACAAACUUUCACAAUCAGAUGGUACUCCUUAUGCUGAUCCUGCUAGUUACAGAAGGCUUGUUGGCAAGCUUUUAUAUCUCACAACAACUAGACCAGAUAUUUCAUUUGCUGUGCAACAAUUAAGUCAACACAUUUCUUCUCCUUCCACUACUCAUUACAUGGCAGUUACACGUGUUCUUCACUAUCUCAAAGGAAAUUCUGGUCAAGGUCUCUUCUACCCUAUGCAGUCUUCAUUACAACUGAAAGCUUUUAGUGACUCAAAUUGGGGUUCUUGCCCAACUUCUCGCCGUUCUGUUUCUGGUUACUGCAUUUUCCUUGGAGAUUCACUAAUUUCAUGGAAAUGCAAGAAGCAUUCCACCAUCUCUAGGUCUUCAUCCGAAGCUUAA